UGAUUUCUAAUGAACGAGUUGAUAGUUAAUUGUAAUUAAUCUGACAUUUUAUUGGUGAUUAAUUUUAAUUCUAUUGUAGUUGUGAUUACUGUUUGUCUAUUGAAAAUUGUGUUCACGUAAUCAAUUCUUAAUUUGUUUCCAUUUUCAAUCUUUCAAUUGAAGAUUUUUUCUCUCCUUAUUUCCUUGAUUCUAUUUUCAAGUGUCUUUUUUUUGUUCGGUGUUAAUUAAACCGGCGAUUAAUUAAUCAUGGUCUCCAUGAUGGAUAUCACAAUUAGUUUAUUUCUUUUAGUCAAUUCUUUUCUCAUUCAGUCAGCUUCUUCUCUUAGACCUGGAGAUUGUGAAGUUUGUGUUGGUGUUGUAAAUAAGCUUAUUGAGCAACUUUCCAAAGAGGAGAAAAAUGAUCCAACCAAAAUAGAAGUCAAACUUGAAGAAUUUUGUGCAUCUACAAAGAAAUCCGAAAAUCGUUUUUGUUACUAUAUUGGAGCCUUGGAGGAAUCUGCAACUAAAAUUAUCUCCGAAUUGAGUAAACCAUUGAGUUGGGGUCUUCCAGCUGAGAAAAUCUGUGAGAAACUACACAAGAAAGAUUCUCAAAUUUGUGAACUUCGAUACGAAAAGGUGAUUGAUUUAAACAACGUUGACCUAAAGAAACUUCGAGUUCGAGAUUUAAAGAAAAUACUUAACGAUUGGGAUGAAGUUUGUGAGGGCUGCAUAGAAAAAGCUGAAUUCAUUAAACGGGUGGAACAACUUAAACCAAAAUAUACCAAACAAGAAUUAUGAUGAUAGCAAUUAAAUCUAAUUAAUAUUAUAUACACUGAUAAUUAUAUAAAAUCAAAUUUUAUAAUAAUAAUUGUAAUUUAUUCCAAAUUUCAAAGCAAUCACAAAAGUUAAAUACAAUCGUCUCACUUUUUUUUCUCUUAUUA